AAGUGAACAAAAUUGAGAAUGAAUGAAUGAAAACAGGUAAUAGUUUGAUUAUUACCAAUAAGAAAUAAAAUUAUACGAAAUGGACGCAUUCGGAGAUUCUGGAGAAUUGUAUAAUAUAAGAAACCAAUUUUAUACUGGACAAUUUCAAAAAGUUAAAGCUUAUGCUUUAGAUCAAUUUUCACAAGAACAUCAAUUAAAAGUACUUGAAUAUCAAAUUCGAUCUAUUAUUGCAUUAGGUGAAGAUGCUUCACAAUUAAUUGUAAAUGGGAAAUCUCAAUUUCCUGGUAAUGAACAAUUCUUUCAAUUAUUAGGAGCAUGGGAUGAUUUAAAAUCAUUUGGAGUUGAUGAUUCACCAUAUUUUGAAGGAAUUAAAAGUGCUGAAUUUGAACUUCAAGCUGUAUUAACUGCCGUUUAUUUAGUUAAAUUAAAAAAAGAUAUUGAUCAAGCUAUUAAAAUCUUAACUGAAUAUAUAGAUGAAGCUAAAGGAUUUAAUAAAUUUAAUGAAUUAGAACCAUUCUUAGUUUUAGUUCAAUUACAUUUAGUUAAGGGUAAUUUUAUUGCUGCUAAUAAAAUAUUCUUAAAUUUUAAAAAUUUCCCAGAUUCUUCAAGAGAUAAUAUAAUAUAUCAAGUAUUAGAAUCUUGGUUAUUAUCAAUUAAAGGUGAAUCAGAUAAUAUAAAUAAUGCAUUUUACUUUUAUGAUGAAUUAUUAUCUAGUGAUUUUGAUGAAGAUCCUCAAGGUAAAUUUAAAAUUUUAAAUGUAUUAUUUGCUUUAACAUUACAAUUAAAACAUAUUCCUGAAGCUAAAGAAAUAAUAGCUCAAAUUAAAGCAUUAAAUCCAAAGGGUAAUCCUGAUUUUUUAGCUAAUAGCAUUACUUUUGAAUAUUUAUCAAAUUCAGGUGAGAAAGUUGAUGAAUUAUUAAAAGAAUUAAAAUCUCAAGAUGCUGAACAUCCUUUAUUAACUGAUUUAGAGGAAAAGAAUAAAAUAUUUGAUGAAAUAGUUGUUAAGUAUAAAGUUUAAUAGUUCUUAUAUCUAUAUAAAAAAUAGCAAAACCAAAAAGCA